AUGUACCAAAGUAUCCCAACAUUUUUAAAUCUAAGUACUGGUACACUUGCGUAUGCACUUAAUGCCUUACAAUCUGUCGUGUGUCGCGUAUCGUCGCCAAACAACGUUAUCACGUAUUUAGAUGAUUUAUUUAUAUCAUGUGCGUUUAUCGGGAAUUUAUCAAGGUCAUUUGAGAAAGACGCGCGAGACUUUGUCGCAAUAUCAACUGGCAUUGAUGCAGCUGUUGUUAUUAAUCCGGAAAUCAUUGAGCUAGUGAAAUGGAGCAUAAUGUUUUCUUCAAAAUAUCCUAAAAAAAUUACCGGAAUCAAGCGUCCGUCAGCAGUCAUCCGAAUUAAAGCAACUUCAGCUGGAGUGCCUACAAAAGCUCCAACACAACCGGCAGCCAUUCCCAGACCAGCUUUAACGAAAAAGUUAGGCUACGUCUAUAAAUUGAAAUAUUAA